GGCGGCUCUAGUCGCACGCGUGCGAGAGAGACGAUCACGACACGGCGCGCGGUACUCCCGCGAUCAACGGCAAAAUAGAAAGAACGAACGUACGCGAAUCAUCACAUAAGUAUAUAUGCCAAGCUUCAUGGUUUUCCACCGCGAUCACCUUUUUGCUCACUGUCUGUGAAUUCGUGUGAACAUUCCGCCUAUAGAGAGGAGCCAAGGAUAAGAGGAAGAAGAAGAAGAUUUCGUUGACCAAAGGGAGAGACAUAGGAGAUACGUUCGUCCUGCUCUCAGCUUGCAACCAGGGAGAGAAAGGACAACGAACUCCGAAGACUCGUUCCCUGGGACCCUAAAACGAAACUGGUCCUCGGGUGAUUGGUAGUUGAGACACGAAGCACAAGACUAGAGGGAGAAUUGAAUUUCAUAUAAGGGUGAUCGGCGGUCAGUUUCUUGUGGAAUAUACGUGCGCCAGCCUGACACGGGAUCACCAGCCAGAUUCACGGGAGUGGUGGUAACCGCGGGAGAAAGAACGGAGAGUGUGGCUCCUAGGUGCGGAUUUUCUUUUAGAGACCUAGGAGAUCGACCUUCGAGCUUCUCUCGAAGAGUGUGCGGGCUAUUAUCUCGAAGUGGUUGCGAUUGAACGGAAGGGAGAGACAACGUCCUGGAACAUGUCUGGGAUCAGGAUCAACGUGGAAGAGGCCUCCAACGAUGGAAACGAGGAUCUCGUACGAGACAUCGAGGCGACGGCGGCUACGACGGCGGUAGCGGGCAGCCCGCUUUCCUGGCACAUCCCAAGGCCGUCCUUGGUUGGACGCAGCGAGAGGGACAGCGAGAAUGGUAGCUGGGCUCAUCAUCUGCACCCAAACUCGCCGUCCAGAGGAUCCACCUCGUCACAGGGAUCCACCGCCAGUACACACAGUGCCGCAUCGGGCACGUUGUUAUUGACAGCCGCGAACCUGGCAAAUCUCGCAGCGAUUCAUCCGCCCACGGUGACGGCGCCGAAAGAGAUGGACACGGCGUCUGUGGCGAGCAGCACCCACUUCACCGUGGUGAACGGCCUGGGCAGACCGACGACCGUCUACAGGAAGUCCUGCUGCGCGAGAAACCAGCUCACCGUGCUCGUCUGCACGAUGAGCUUCCUAUUCAUGGUCGGCCUGCUUCUCGGGAUUCUCUACAUGGAAAUGAGAAUUCGCGACAAGUACCAUUAGGAGGAGAUCGAAUGGGAAUUUGCAGUCGAGUGAUCGUGGAUAAUUGACUGGAAGAUUAUAUAAACGACGAAACGGAAGAACGAGGAGGCGAA